AUGGACGUUUUGGAUCAAUUGCGACUCCCGCUGUCCCGCCCUCGCGAAGACCCUCGCCCGGUGGUGGUCAUGACAUGUGGUAUCGCCGGGUCUGGCAAGUCAACACUAGCAAAAGCUAUCGUUGCCCGACACCCAAACUAUACUCGCUUGUCCAUCGACAGCACUGUCUAUGCCAAACAUGGGCUGUAUGGCACCGACUACCCUCAUGAGAAGUAUGACGAGUACACAGAGGAAGCCGACACCGAGAUCAGGAGAACAUUGACCGACUUGCUGGAUUCUGGUGAACGGGAUAUUGUCUUAGAUCGAGCAUUAUACAGCAAGGAAGAUCGCGACUACUUCAAGAAGCUGGUGGAGGAGAAGGGAGGAAGAUGGAUCUUGGUCUUUUUCCGUCCCGCUAGCAAGGAUGUCAUCUGGAACCGGAUCCAGCGAAGGAGAGCAGCGGGCAUCGAUGCCGACUCUGCGCUGGAAAUAACGCCUGAAAUCCUGGAUCAGUACUGGGAAGGAUUCGAGAAUCCCGAAGGCGAGGGCGAGGUUGUUUUCGAUGUCACAGAGUGA